UGUUUUUCUUGUUUGCUGACUUGCGGCGAUGUCUGGUCGCGGGAAGCAAGGCGGGAAGGCUCGGGCCAAGGCCAAGUCGCGCUCUUCGCGGGCCGGGCUGCAGUUCCCCGUGGGCCGCGUCCACCGCCUGCUGCGCAAAGGCAACUACGCAGAGCGAGUGGGCGCCGGCGCCCCGGUGUACCUGGCGGCCGUGCUCGAGUACCUGACGGCUGAGAUCCUGGAGCUGGCAGGCAACGCGGCCCGCGACAACAAGAAGACUCGCAUCAUCCCGCGCCACUUGCAGCUGGCCAUCCGCAACGACGAGGAGCUCAACAAGCUGCUGGGCAAGGUGACGAUCGCGCAGGGCGGAGUGCUGCCCAACAUCCAGGCCGUGCUGCUGCCUAAGAAGACCGACAGCCACAAGGCUAAAACCAAGUAAACACUGAAGAAACAGCAUAAUUAUUUCCAGACAACCCCAAAGGCUCUUUUCAGAGCCAC